AUGUCUCAGGAAUGGCAAAAUAACCUGCUCGAUUGUUCGCCUUGCGACUCUUGCUUAUUGAGCACUUUCGUUCCCUGCAUCCUCUUUGGGCGUACCUCGUAUCGCUUGCAGAAUCCUUCUGCGAAACCUGAAAGUGUCAAUUCUGAUUGUGCAUUGUUCUGUGGCAUACAGUCACUGACUGGCUGCGCCUGGAUUUUCAAUGUAAUGAAACGGCGGGAGAUUCGUGAGGCAUAUGGUAUUGAAGGUAGCGGCAUGAACGACUGCUGCACUUCCUUCUGGUGUCUUUGCUGUGCGCUUAUCCAGCAGGAAAAGGAGGUUAAGUCCCGACAACUCCCAUGCUACGAAACCGCCGGUUAUCAGCCCGAAAAAGAUGGCAUGCGCAUGCCUUGAGUGCCUCCCUUGACGUGGUUGAUGCUCAUACCCCCCAUCACAUACAAUGGAGCUAGGCGAGGCUGAAGAGGAACUGCGAAAGUGAAUAACCUGUCUCGUUUUAUUGAGCGCUUACCAACGUAGGCUCAUGCAUCGGAUCGAGCCAUCUUCAAUGCUAAGAUAGAGUAGGCAGACCUAUAUAGCUCAUAGAUGAUUGGGACCAUACUUAGUUCAACAUAUGGUAAUCCUCUA